UUAUCAACAAAAAUGUCUGCAAAAAAUAAGUAUCUGUUAAUGAAUAGCAUUUAUUGUCUAGAUUUUCUGACACCAUAUUAAUUUGUCUGUAAGGUUGAAUGGAUUUACCAAUUGUUACAGGAAUUCUGAAAGCGGAAGAAGAAAAAAACUGAAUAAAAAAAAUCGCUGAGUAGAUAGUUGGACCUCUCAUUGAGUGGUAGCCAAAGUGUCAUGUAAGUUCCCCCUGCCCGUGGCUUAUGAGAGAUAGGGAAAUAAUGAUGCGAGAAGAUAUGUGUUACAGAUAACGGCUCUGUUAUAGAUUCUUCACAGUUUACAGUUGCUACCUAUUUUUGCUUCCAUCAUUGAGGUUAACAAACUGGAAAGACCAAAAAAAUAUUUACAUUAUGGAAUUAAGAUGAUAACAAUAUAUACACUGAGUUGUAUAAAUAUUAUACAGUAGGGCUAGCAGACGACACCUGUUGCUUGUAUUUUAAAUUGUUUGGGUCAGUUUUUUUGCUAUCUUGUGUUUCAUUUAAAUUCAGUGGAGUUAAUAGACUGUUAUCAUUGUGCACAGUGUGACUGAUGUGAUAUGUCCAUUGGUACAUUUAUGGAAUAUGUUAUGAAUAAUAUCUUAACCAUUUCUGCUGAAAUAGGAAUGGCGGAUUAAGCAGAAAUAUAUUGGAUUUUGCUUAAUAAUAGAUUCUGUGCUAUUUUUUUUUUUUGCACGCUUUAAGAGAUGCUGAUUUUAGCGAAAUUGUUUUCUUGCAAUAAUUGUUUUCUCGUGAUGCUUUUAACAGUAGUGCAUCAAUAGUUGCUAUCACUGUCUUAAUGGCAUUGGUGUGAAAUUUACAAUUUUAUUAAACAAUGGAAAACAAAGGUGCAAGUGCAAAUUCGAGCCCCUCUAUGUGCCGCAGUAAGCGGUUAAGUCUGCCUCGGAUGCCCAGUUUACCGAACCUGACUCUAGCAGGACUCAAGGAGCGACUGUCACCGAGGAAUAAGAAGAAAAGACUGCUGUUACAGGGAGGAAUGAACAUCAACAGAACUACCUUACAGGGAACAUGCCUUCAUGAAGCUGCCUUAUUUGGAAAAACUGAUGUUGUCAGACUUCUCCUAGAUGAAGCUGGUUUAGAUGGUGAGAAAGAAGCAGAGUGCGGAGUUGAUGUGAAUAAAGUGAAUUCCUAUGACCAGACUGCCUUAGACAUUGUGAACAAGUUUACUACCAACCGUGCUGCCAAAGAAAUCAAACAACUUUUGAAAGGUCAGUUAAGUUAUGAUAAAGAAUAUAGGAAUAAAACAGUCAAAAUACACACAGCAAGCAGAGUUUUUCAUGCCUAAAUCAUCAAACUAAAUGAAAUGAUUAAAAUCUUCACCCAUCACUAAGCUUCUUCAAAUCAGCUUGUGCACCAAGUCAUUGGA